CUAGUGGCCACAAACUGCAACUGCUCCCGGCAGCUGGCCUGAAGAGUAAGGGUCACCCCAGCCGCCUGGGCAAACGGGCCGCCUGCCCCGCUGCGGCCUCCAGGGGGCCGGGGCUGUCGGAAGGAGGUUUGUCACCGCCGCCGGGCCCCAGGCGCCCCGAAGCGGGCGGGGGUGGGGGUGGGGGGGUGGCGAUGGGUUAGUCCAUAGUUUCUAGGCACCGACUCCGUGCGGGGGGGCGCUGUGGAGGCAGGUAAACACAUCCGUCUCCAGCCAGAAACCAGGGAUCCAGGGAAAGAACAGGGACGGGGCAGAGAUCACGGUCCGAGGCGGGGCGGGGCGGGGCUCGGACCCGGACCCAGGACCCGGGUUUAAAAGUCGUGGGUGUGUGCGGCGGAUCGUGCCAGCUCUGCCAAGAAAGGAGUUGAGGGCGGGGAGAGUUGUUGCAAUACCCGCCCGAGCGGGGGAGCCGGUGGCCCCGAGGAAAGCGGGGGGCGGGUGAAUGAGGCCAGGCGAGCGAGCCGGCGGUCGGGAGGCGCCAGCGAGGGGUGCUUCGGCGGCGGCGGCGCCUCGGGACGGCCCCCCAAGGCGGCGGGAGGGAGGCGGGGCGCGGUAGGCCCUCCGGGAACAGGGGCUCGCGCCCUCCGCUCCGGAAAGGCGCCGGAGGGGCGGGGGCAGGCGGGCGGGGCGGGGCGGGGGCGCGGGCGGUUAGGGGCGGAGGCAGAGGCCCGCGGGGAGGGGACGGGAGGAGCGGAGGGGCCUAGAGGGCUCCGAGAACAACUGUGAGGCUGCCGGCCGGCAGGAGAGGCGCCCGGGGAGGACUGGCCCGAGAGGGAGCCCGUUCCCCAACAGCCCGAGGAGGCCGCCUAGAGGGCGGACAGACCGACGCCGGGGAGGGCCAGCAUGCUCCCACUGCUGCACCCCGCCCUGCUGCUGCUCCUGGGCGCCACGCUGACCUUCCGGGCGCUCCGGCGCGCGCUCUGCCGCCUGCCCCUGCCCGCGCACGUGCGCGCCGACCCCCUGCGCACCUGGCGCUGGCACAACCUGCUGGUCUCGUUCGCCCACUCCAUCGUGUCGGGGAUCUGGGCUCUGCUGUGUGUAUGGCAAACCCCCGAGAUGCUGGUAGAGAUUGAGAUGGCUUGGUCGCUAUCUGGCUAUCUGCUCGUUUGCUUCUCCGCAGGUUAUUUCAUUCACGACACGGUGGACAUCGUGGUCAGUGGCCAGGCUCGAGCUUCUUGGGAAUACCUGGUCCAUCAUGUCAUGGCCAUGGGUGCCUUCAUAUCUGGCAUCUUUUUGGGCCGCUUUGUAGGUGGGGGUGUCCUGACACUGCUGGUAGAGGUCAGCAAUAUCUUCCUCACCAUUCGCAUGAUGAUGAAGAUCAACAAUGCCCAGCAUCUCCUCCUCUACAAGAUCAAUAAGUAUGUCAACUUGGUCAUGUACUUCCUCUUCCGCCUGGCCCCUCAGGCCUACCUCACCUACUUCUUCCUGCAAUAUGUGGGUCAGAGGAGCCUGGGCACCUUCCUGCUGGGUAUCCUGAUCAUGCUGGACAUCAUGAUCCUCAUCUACUUUUCCCGCCUCCUCCGCUCGGACUUCUGCCCCGAACGUCUGCCCAGCCCACAACACAAAGACAAGUUCUUGACGGAGUGAGGGGCAGAGCUUGGACUUGAGGCAAGGACAGCAAAGAGCCACGAACAGCCUCAUGUAUAAACUGAGAUGAGCCCCAGUCCUGGGACAUCCAGCCUCUCCACCUUUCAAGUUUGAGUCCACUAUUGAAAACACUAAUGAAAGCACUUCUCUGAAGUCCUUGUCCUUUCUUGGGCAAGGGGUGAGGGAAGCAGACAGACCGGUUGGACAUGGUAGAUGGGUGUGGGGACAGUGCUACCCAAAAGCCAGUGGACCCAUAUUGCCCUGAAGUGGAUGAUGAUGAAAACUCUGGGUACUGGUUUCAUUCAAAGACUUCUUCCAGUGAUAAAGGAAGGGGUUCUUAUAAAA